GCAGGUCUCGCAGUGAAUCCAAACAAUGCCAAAUUGUACAACAACAUUGGUCACUAUUACGAGCGUCAACAGCAAUACGAAAAAGCCAUCGACUACUUUCAGCAAGCCGCAGCAAAAGAUGAACAUGACAUUGGCUCUGAACUGAAUAUUGCGCGGGCACUUAUACAACUUCCGGGUCGCAUUGAGCAGGCAGAGGAACUUCUUUGGAAAAUUAAGCCGAAAAUCCGCAAUUCGGCAAACCGCAAUCGAAUUGUGCCCAACUACCUGAAUCUGUGGAUCAACUUGGCUCGGGUCAUUAGCAUGAAUGACUCGCGUUUGGGUGAAGCUGAAAAGCUCUAUUGGGAAGUCAUCUCUAUGAGAAAUGACUUCAUCGAUGCGUACAUUAAUUUGGGAGAAAUUUACUUUCGCCGUCGAAAGUACGAUACGGCCAUUGAGACUUAUCGGUUGGCACUUGAUCGAACGGAGUUUAAGAAUGACCUCAAAGCAGCUGAUCUACACUACAACAUUGCCAUUGCCAAAACGUUGCAAUUAAACAAUGAAAAGCAGACUGCGGCUAGCAAGUCUGAUAUUGAGAAAGCUGUUGUUUUAGCUGAGAUUGCCGAAAGUUUUACUAAAGCCAUUGAGAUUAACGCCAAUCACAAGGAAGCACUGGUCAACUUGGCCAUUUUAGUGCAAAAACCAGAGUUUCAACAACUGGAUAAUCGAACGCAGUAUCGCGAGUUUGUGCUAAAAGCACUUCGAGCUUACACGAAAAAUGAAGAGCGAGAAGUGAUUGAGUUCAACAUUGCUAUUACUUUAAUAGACCUGGAUGGUCAAAGUAAUCGAUUGGAGGCCAUAAAUCAUCUGCGAAACGCCAUCAAAAUAAAACCCAGUUUUCGAAGUGCACUGUACAACUUGGCCAUUUUGUAUUACGAGUUCAAAGACUACAAGAGCUCCCUACAGUACUUGCAGCAAUUAAGUGGCUACCAUUCAACUUACACUAAAGCAUUCCUGCUGAUGGCCGAUGUUUACACUAAAUUACUGGAACUGGACAACGCUGAACAGAUUUACCUGAAAGUGCUCGAAUCUGACAGCAGCAAUAACGAGGCGCUGCACGGCUUGUACAGAGUUUACAAGUUUAGCAACCAAACUCAGAAGUUUCAAAAGUACGCAUCUCGGCUUGCAAACAAUUCGCGCAGCUCUUAA